AUUUAGGCUUCUGACUUGCAUUGGUUUCCAUAGAACCUAGGAGCCUAAAUACCUUGAUAGAUCUGGGCCAGUGUUCUGAAAACUGAAUGGACAGGAUCUACAUGUGUAUAUUUCAUCAGAGUGCAAACUAACCAUGAUAACAUCCCAAUUUUAUUAACAGAUAGGAAAAGACUGACAAUAUGGCAACUGCCCAGAUGCAAAGAAAUUCUAUGAGUGCAGUAAUAUUUCCUAAUAAAAUAUGUACUGAACAGCAGUCUUUGAUAUUGGUGAAGAGACUCCUAGCAGUAGCAGUAUCCUGCAUUACUUACCUAAGAGGAAUUUUUCCAGAAUGUGCCUAUGGAACAAGAUAUCUAGAUGACCUCUGUGUCAAGAUUUUGAAGGAAGACAAAAACUGUCCUGGGUCCACUCAGUUGGUGAAAUGGAUGUUAGGAUGCUAUGAUGCUUUGCAAAAGAAAUAUCUAAGAAUGGUUGUCCUAGCAGUCUACACUCAUGCAGAAGACCCUCAGACAGUUACAGAAUGUUAUCAGUUCAAAUUCAAAUACACCAACAAUGGGCCAGUAAUGGAUUUCACCAGGUAUUGUCUUCCUGUUACACCACCUGAUUACCAGCCUCCUGGUUUUAAAGAGGGUGAUUGUGACACAAUGAUAUUUGAGGGGGAGCCUAUUUACCUAAAUGUGGGCGAGGUGCCAACCCCUUUUCAUAUGCUGAAAGUUAAAGUGACAACUGAGAGAGAACGAAUGGAAAAUCUUGAUAAAAACAUGCUAAAGCAAGGAGACUAUAAGGUGCCUACGCAGUUAAUCACACUGGACAAAGAUGAUCCAGAAGAACAGGACCAGCAAAUAAAUGAAGAUUUUGUGGCAGAUAAUAAAAUGGAAGUUCAGAAAAAUGCAAAUACAUCUGUAAAAGUUGGAGAAUUAAAUUUAACUUGUGAAGAAAAUGAACUUAUGAGGUCUGAAGAAAGCCAGAAUAAACCUGUUUCUAAUUCUCAGGUUGAUCAGUUAGCAAUUAAAACAUCUGAACUUGAUGUGUCAGAGAGCAGGACAAGAAGUGGAAGAAUAUUUCAGAUCAACACAGUUGGUGAAAAUCAGGCUCAGGAACAUUGCAAAAAUCGUUUAGUAGCUAAGAGUUCUAGAGAAACCCAGAAGAGAAAUUGGUCUGAGUCUCAAAAACUUGUUCAUCAGUACGAACUCUCCUCUAGUCAAGAUGCACUGCCGAAAAGGAGAAAAUUUAGCGAACCAAAGGAGCGGUUUUAGAUAUCAUCUCCCUG